CUGUAAAUGCACAGAGCCUGACAACCCCAGUAACCAAACUCUUCAGUACUGGAGCGAGAGGAACAUCUCGGCCUCCUAUGUGCCCUGGGCAAACCUCACUGUCACGGAGUGUCUGAAGCUCCAGGGAGAGUUCGUGGGGACAGCCUGUGGACACCACGGUCCCUACACCCCGGAUGUCCUCUUCUGGUCUGCCAUCCUCUUCUUCUCCACCUUUGCCCUGUCCACCUUCCUCAAGCAGUUCAAGACCAGUCGCUACUUCCCCACCCGGGUCCGGUCCAUGAUCAGCGACUUCGCCGUCUUCCUCACCAUCGUCAUCAUGGUGGGCAUCGACUACGCCAUCGGGAUCCCCUCCCAGAAGCUGCAGGUGCCCAGCAAGUUCAAGCCGACCCGGGACGACCGUGGCUGGAUCAUGAAUCCUAUCGGCCCCAACCCUUGGUGGACAGUGGUGGUGGCACCGAUCCCUGCGCUGCUCUGCACCAUCCUGAUCUUCAUGGACCAGCAGAUCACCGCCGUCAUCAUCAACCGCAAGGAGCACAAGCUGCUGAAGGGCUGCGGUUAUCAUCUGGACCUGCUGAUGGUGGGGUUCAUGCUGGGCAUCUGCUCCAUCAUGGGUCUGCCCUGGUUCGUGGCGGCCACCGUCCUGUCCAUCUCCCACGUCAACAGCCUGAAGCUGGAGUCGGAGUGCUCGGCACCGGGAGAGCAGCCCAAGUUUUUGGGCAUCCGGGAGCAGCGGCUCACUGGGCUCCUGAUCUUCGUGCUGAUGGGCUGUUCUGUCUUCAUGACCGGGGCUCUGCAGUUCAUCCCCAUGCCAGUGUUGUACGGAGUGUUCCUCUACAUGGGUGCCUCAUCUCUAAAGGGAAUUCAGUUCUUCGACCGCCUGAAGCUCUUCGGCAUGCCGCCGAAGCACCAGCCGGACUUCAUCUACCUGCGCCACGUGCCCCUGAGGAAGGUGCACCUGUUCACCCUGAUCCAGCUCACCUGCCUGGUCCUCCUGUGGGUCAUCAAGACCUCGCCGGCCGCCAUCGUCUUCCCCAUGAUGGUGCUGGCCCUGGUGUUCAUCCGCAAGCUCAUGGACCUCUGCUUCUCCAAGCGCGAGCUCAGCUGGCUGGACGACCUGAUGCCCGAGAGCAAGAAGAAGAAGCUGGACGACGCCACCAAGAAGGCGAAGGCCGAGGAGGAGUCCGAGAAGAUGCUGGAUCACGGGGAGGAUAAGGUGGUGCAGAUCCCCAUGGAGAGCAGCCAGCUCCUGCACAGCCCCCAGAAGAAGAGCAACAGCUCCAGGUGUGACCCAUCAGACAUUAAUAUCUCUGACGAAAUGUCUAAAACAACAGUGUGGAAAGCUCUCAGUAUGACCCCUGACAGCUCAGAUCUCAAGGACGACCCCGUUUCCACCAAAAAGGAAUGACAGUAACUGAAGUGCGGAGCUGUGUCGGGACCCCCCCGAGGCAGGGGGACUCAGGGACAAGAGGAGCUCGGCUCAGACAGUCUCAGCCAGGAUGGUCAACAGCAGGGAUGACCCCCCUCUCCCCCCCUACCCAACCUCCACACCAUGAUCUUUGGAUUAACAUCUUUACUACCCUACCCUUCCCCAACUGACCCCCCCGCCUUAUCUCUAAAUUUAUCCACUUUUCCUCUUCUGGGUGGGGGAGUGGGAGGUCCUCAUCACCCCAGACAGAGUGGGACUGAGGUGCAGUUCUACACUCAGU